AUGGAGCCCAGCAACCAGCAGCUCAACAACCAACAGCUUCGCUGGGCCCGGCCCUACCAGCUCCAGCCCCAACAACCCCUUCCAGGAGCCCCAAGCCAGCCAGGAAAGCGCGGCCGCCCUCGUAAAUCCCCUGGAGGAGAAGACGAAGCCCAAAGGCCAGUAAAGAGACCCAAACUCCAGCAACACCACUGGCAACCCGCCCUCAACCGCAUCAUAAACUCUGCCCAAGUCGGCCAGCACAACCCCAUCGACAUCAUGUGCGACCACUGCCGCGCCCGUCCCCACGAGAACCAAGGCUGCAACGUCGACCUCGCCAACCAGAUCGAGUGCCACCGCUGCACCCGACACCGCGCCCUUGUCGACCCGAACCAUAUCUGUAAAGUCCUCGGCAGGGAAUACUGGCAGAAGCGCUUCGCCAACAGCCGGCCGUCGUAUCCCAUCCACGAGACUAGUUCGAGCGUCUGCGCGCGGUGUAAGACGCACCAGGGGAGCGGUCGGCAUGCGUUGUGCGAUAUCGACGACAGGGUCAAGAUUGGGUGUACGCCAUGUAAGAAUGAUAACGCGCUGUGCCGGGUGUACGACGAGCAGAAGGCGAAUGGUGAGAAACCGGACGUGGAUCAGCCGGCGGAGCUUAUGUGGAACCGGCCGGAGGUCGGAGACGGCAGCGUGCCCGAGGGCUGGCGGCCUUGGUGGCGGCAGAUGUGCAUGGGGUGCCAACCAGGCAAAGCCAAGGCGUGUUCUUGGAUCCGGGACUUUCGGCUAAGGGAGUAUAAGUGCACGACGUGUGUCGAGAAGAAUAUCCCCUGCGUAGACCCUUGGACAGGGGACACGUACGAGACGCCGUAUACGUGGGCUCCCGGGCAGGGCGAUAAGAUUGUCUAUGACACGGGAACGAAGAUCCGAGAGGCCAGAGACCGGUGCACCAACUGCCUGGCGAACCAGGCCAUGUGCCGGUCCCUCGCUGACGAGGAAGACUUCGCGUGCGUCCGGUGUACCUCGUGGGGCCUGCUGUGUGAGACACCCGGGAACGGGAGCCGGCACCCGUCGCGGCAGCUGCCUUGGAUCGACAGGAAGAGGGUCGGGUGGUCCGGCUGGACGAAGUGCACGGCCAACGACAAGGGUAUGAAGUUCCGUGGGUGCAGGCGAUGCCGGGAGAACGGUUAUAAGUGCGAUCGCCAGCGGCCGUGUGAUACGUGCGUCAACAACAGGGCGGAGGCGGACUGCGAUUCGUGGGUGUAUAACAAGGAUCUGCUUAGACGCAAAGAGACGAAUGGUGCGGAGCAGCCGGAGUAUUACAUGGCUCUCGGGUACGGUCCCAGGGGUGUUGACGAUGAUCGUAUGUUGUGUCUAGAGGAGAAUCUCGUCGGGCCAAAUCGACCAAAGUAUGCGGUCAUGACGGAUCCUGCUGUUGCUGCUGCUAAUUCUGUCGCCCCGGCUCUUGCCCCGCCGCCUGCUCACGUCACGGUUGGAAAUGCUCCCGUGGCACCGCAGCAGGACCCACGUCAGUUCGGACGUGUCGUCGGCAUCGGACCCGGCGGUGGCGGUAUGGCCCCACCGCCACAGCCUAUGCCGGCAGCCGGGCAACAAGGUUCCGCCGCACCGUUCGCCCCGAUGGACUACUACGACCCGGCCUACCCCUACGGCAACCAGGACCACAUCCGCAGCCAGCAUAACAACAUGAUGUACGGCGACAACAACGCGGCCGCCGUGGCAAACAAGACGGGCGGAGGGUUCUCCAACUGGGUGGGCGGCUACAACGGGAGCGAUAGCCACCAAAAUCCCAAUGCCCAUCCGCCUCCGUUUGAGGGCCAGGCCCAGAACCAGGAUGAUAUCCAGUACAUGGUGGGCAACGGAUAUGAUAUAAACCCAGAGGCUCUGGUCCAAAUGGCAGAGGAACAGCCCGUCCUCUUCCACCCGCAGCUCGAACUCGACCCCGAGCACGAACAAUCUGAAAUCGCCCGCGGUAUCUGCGACUUCAUGGCUCAGCUAGCCCGCGACGGUCGCUUCGUUCCCAUCGAGCUGCGCAACUUCAACCCGCCCGAAGUAGCCGAAACCCCCCUCGCCGCCCGCAUCGGUCCCCCCGCCCUAGCCAUCCUCGAGCUCACAGACGAAGACGCUCUCAAUCCGCCCCGCGAACCACCGGGACCACCAACAUGGAACCCAGCCCCUUACGAACCCCAACUCCGAGCCGCCCUCGCACGAUGGAAACGCCCAGCCAACAACGUCUUCCGCGACAUCCCCGAUGCCUCCCUUCUAAACGUCGACGCCCAGCCCGAUAACCAAACCUGCGCGGAAGUCAAGCCCGGCGCCCCAGGAAACAUCUGCAACGCCCCCGUCCACAACGGUGCCCACUGCGAAAACCUAGAACACGCCGCCGCGCAGCCCAAACCCCACGUCGUCUGCGAUGCCUGCGACCUCACCUCCAAGAAACAUCUCUUCGAGGGCCAGCAGCCCCUAACGCGCAUGGAAGUUCUCAACAUGCGCAACUACGCCUGCGGAGGCUGCGCCAUCACGCACCAGGCCGACGCGCGGUUCGGCGUCAAGGCGGCCAACGGCCAGUGGGAGUGGCCGCUGUACCCCGUCACCGGCUGUCUCUGCGCCGAGAAGCUUCUUGGCCGGCGGCUGUGCUCGCAUCACCGGUACCAGCUCGCGCAGCGGCUCAUGAUCCAGGUGUCGAUGGUGCUCGAGUGGGCGAUUACCAACUUUGGACCGGAUAUGUGUUUGUUUUGUAAGCAGGGCGGCGAUCUCGCCAAGGGUGUCGCGCAGGCGCCGGCGAAUGAGUAUAUGGAUGACCUGUUGUUCGUGUGCCUCAAUUGUGAAGGUAUCGUUGCCGUAACCGACCCGGGCCCAAAGGAGAUUGUUCCGGGCGUGCAGCAGUGGAUGGGCGGAUGUCAUCCAUUCUCCCUCUACUCGGAGCCGUGGUUUCAGACGCCUUUGCCGGACAUCGACUGGGAAGCCUAG